ACAGCAGCCAUGUCUGGUCGCGGAAAGGGUGGUAAAGGCCUCGGCAAAGGCGGCGCUAAGCGUCACCGCAAGGUCUUACGGGACAACAUCCAGGGCAUCACCAAGCCAGCUAUUCGUCGCCUGGCCCGCCGUGGUGGUGUCAAGCGCAUUUCUGGGCUAAUUUACGAGGAGACUCGCGGGGUGUUGAAAGUGUUUUUGGAGAACGUGAUUCGGGACGCUGUCACCUACACCGAGCACGCCAAGCGGAAGACUGUCACCGCCAUGGACGUGGUUUACGCACUCAAACGCCAGGGCCGCACCCUUUACGGCUUCGGUGGUUGAUCACGGCAUCGGCCGAGACAGACUUCGACAUCUUCUAAAAAAACCAAAAAGGCCCUUUUCAGGGCCGCCCACAAACUCGCUGAAGGGCUGU